UUUUUGAGCGUCGUCUUCGCUGACGAAGUCACCUGCUGUGCUUCUGGCGACGACCCUGCAAUCGGCCUGGGCGACUUCGAGUGGGCCAUUGCGUACCGCGCGAACGAACUGGGCAUUCCAGCCGAUUUCAAGCCCACAUACACGUGGACAACGUCCAUUAAUGACGAUGGUCAUUCAAGGCCAGCAAUCGUCCUCCACGCACCUUUUUAUAAGUCUCUUAUAUCAUACUUUUCUUGGUCCUUGCAAAGGACGAUAAAUAUGCCGGUAUCUUGGAUGAUACCCUCUAGAUCUGUCUGCUUCUCGUUUGAAAUCUUUUUACUGACUUACUUAUAUAGAUUGUGCGCAUCAUGA